AUGGCAGAUGACAAGUGCAAAAACAUAAAUGAGUUAGAGAACUCGAAAUGUCCAAUAGUCAUAAAUUCUUUGUAUGGGAAUAAAUAUCGACAUGCUAUAUCUAAUGAACCUGCUAUUCGUAUUAAACGGAAACGGUUUAUAUCUGAUACUACACUAGAAUUUUUCCCUAUUGAUAAUAACAUCCUUGAAAAAAUUGAAACUCAAUCUAAUCAACAAUCAUUUUCUGACGACGUAUCUAUUUCACAAAAUGGUGAAAUAAGAAUAACUGUUGAAGAUGAAUUGAUGAUAUCGUCUACUAGAAAAAUGCAUCCAAUCAAAGCAUGGUAUCAUAGUACAAUUCCUGACUGUAUAACCUGUCAUCAAGUAUGGCUUAUAAUUCAUGUUUUAGUAACAAUUGCUUUGUGUAUACUCUAUUUUACACAUAUAAUUCAAGUUUCAGGUGGUACUAUAGCUAUUUGUGAAUUACUUUUUGGAGUACUUGUACGAAAUGAAAUCUUUAUAGCUUUACUCCAUCGAUUUGUAGCAUUAAUUCCAUGUUUUAAAUAUGAAUUUAAUCGAAUGUUACAUUGUAUUGGUGGUCUUCAUGUUUCAUCAGCCAUUGCUUGUCUUUUCUGGCUUUUAAUUUCUCUUAGUUGUGAACAUCAUGGCUUAGGUGUGAGAAUAACUGGUGGAAUUAUUCUAUUUCUUAUUUUAUUGAUUUCAUUAACGGCAAUACCAAUAGUUCGUCGUCGUUUUCAUAAUACUUUUGAACAUAUUCAUCGUUAUAUUGGUUGGACAUGUUUGAUCAUACUUAUUAUUCAUGUAAUCUUUAUUCAGUUAGAGAAAUUUGAUUCUUUUAAUACAAAAACUUUAUUCAAUAUACCUGUAUUAAUUUUAUUGGCUAUUAUUAUUAUUAUCUUUUUACCGUGGAUAUGUGUUCGUAAAGUAUUCGUACAAUAUAAUCAACCAUCAAAAGAUUUAACUAUUUUGACAUUUCCUCAUGCACUUUAUCCAUAUGGUUCAUUCACACGUAUUUCAUUUGAUGGACAUGAAUGGCAUGCAUUUGCUAUUGCUCUUACGGAUCCAUGUACAGAUCAACAUUCAGUAUUAAUUGCAGCUGCUGGAGAUUGGACUAAAACUCUAGCUGAUGAUUAUCGAAAUAAUAAAUUACCACAACAUGUAUGA